CUCGAUACUUUAUGAUAUCUUUGAUGCUUUAUGAUAUCUUUGGUAUUAGACCAUAACUUUAUAUUGUCUGUGGAUUCAUCACUCUCUUCCUCUUGGGCAAUGUCGGCCUGUAUUACGUGUGCUUUAGAAAUAAACUGCAAGUACCAAGAAUACUCUUUUUAUUCAUAUAUAACAUGGUGUCAGGUGUUAAACAAUACACCAGGAAGCAACCCUCAAGUGGGAAAUAAGAAUUACUUCAGUGUUACGAAGAUACGGCGUUUUACAAAAACUGACCUCGCGGCGUGCCCUACAACCAAACAUGGAGGCCCUACAACCGCCAAGAAACUUGCUUAUUUCGGGACGAAAUAACAACUGGAAACAGUUCAGACAAAUGUUUCUGUUGUAUCUCGAGGCGAUUGGACUUUCAACGGCGACAGAGUCAAGGAAAAUAGCAAUAUUUCUUAAUUGCGCUGGAACGGAAGGCGUGGAGAUCUACAAUGCCGCCAAGAGCAAAGAUGGAGACCAACCUAAAGUGGAAGAAACAUUGGACGACGUAUUGGAGCUGUUUGACAAUUACUCAGAGCCGAGAAAAGGACUGACUAUCCACACAUAUGAACUUCUCAGAAUGAAGCAAGAGGAACAGGAGAGCAUUGACCAUUUCAUCACAAGGACAAUAAACCAGGCCAAGAAAUGUGAACUAGGAGAACUGUUCGAAAGAAUGACUAUCAUGGUGAUAAUUAUUGGAUGUAAGGAUACAAGCAUAAAAGAAAGAUUACUUAGGUUGGAGCAGUUUGAUCUGAAAAAAGCAACAGAAUUAUGUAGAACUGUGGAGUUGGGUAAAGAUCAAGUUAACAUCAUUGAAGGACAAAAUAGAGAAAGGCUAGACAUGAUAAGGAGAAUGAAGCAAAAGGAAUGUAACUACUGUGGAAAAAUACAUUUGCCUAAAGCUUGUCCGGCCUACGGAAGAAAAUGCAAAAUAUGCAACAAGUACAACCACUUCGCGUCUAUGUGCAGAAACAAGAACAAAAGCUACAAACAAGGGACCGGAAACAAGAAGGAAAAGAAGAUACAUGAAGUCGCUCAAGAUCGGGAUUGCUCAAGUGCUAGUGAGGACUAUAACUUAGAUGUUAUACUGAAAGUCAAACUAGGUGGGCUCCUAUAGAAAAAGAACUUUUUGCUAUUUGUGCUGCAAUGGAAAAGUACCAUCAGUUUGUUUACGGUAGAGAAAUUAUAAUUGAGACAGAUCAUAAGCCUCUAGUGGCCAUAAUAAAUAAAGAUUUAAAUAAAAUUUCAGCAAGAUUGCAAAGAAUGGUACUCAAAUUGUUAAAGUA